UUCCCUGGGUGUGGGUCUGUUUGUCUCCCCCCUCCCCCGUAGGCCGUUGCAGCCGUUCGCGCAGAUACAUACCAUUCGCCAUCAUCGCAAACCAUGUCGCAAAUUGACACGGAUGUAAUCUGGUCCGUAAGGAACGGAGAAUUAGAGGAAGUGAAGAGCUUCGUGGCAAAGGGGGCAGAUGUGAACAAGAUUGUAGUAGCUGGUCGUAAGCCCAUCCACUUUGCAGCAGACAGUGGGCAGCUUGAUGUGCUGGAGUUUCUGAUUCAUGCUGGAGCAGAUAUUAAUACUCCAGAUGCAAAUGGUUUUACGGCACUUAUGUCAGCUGUUUGUGAGGGACAUUUAGACUGUGUAAAAUUGCUGCUAUCCAAGGGGCAAGAUGUGAACAAGAUUGUAGUAGCUGGUCGUAAGCCCAUCCACUUUGCGGCAGACAGUGGGCAGCUUGAUGUGCUGGAGUUUCUGAUUCAGGAGGGAGCAGAUAUUAAUACUCCAGAUGCAAAUGGUUUUACAGCACUUAUGUCAGCUGUUUGCGAGGGACAUUUAGACUGUGUAAAAUUGCUGCUAUCCAAGGGUGCUGAUAAAACUGUAAAGUUCCCUGAAGGACGCAGCUGUAGUGAAGUUGCUGCAACUCCUGAAAUGAAAGAACUUUUCAAUUGACGGUUGUCUUGCUUUGUUGUGGCCUUGUGCUGCCUCAUCUCAUUGUUUUCUUCUUCCUUCUCACUCACUUCUUUUGCUUCCAGUUGCACCUUUUAAUUCUGACUAAACAAACAAGUUUGUAGCAUGUUUUUGUACAGUUACAGACAUCUUUAGUUAACAUGAAUAUCAGAGUUCUUGCAGUGUACAAUGGACUGAUCAUACCCUUGAUUUGGGAUAGUUCAACACAAAAAUAAAUUGCUGCAACUAUUGAAAGCUGUUAAUAUCACGAUUAUUCAGCAAAUACCCAUUUUCCUGAGUUUAGUUCGCUCAGUCUUGAGUUUCUAUGUUGUGGACCAUAAAGUGAAGAAGAAAUCCUUUAAGUGAUGAUGCUGAAAAUUUAUCUAGAGAGUAAGCAGAGAUUUAUUGUGUUGCCCUACUAUAGCACCCUAAGCAUUGGUGCCUUAUUUCCAGCUUUUGAGAAAUUGACAAUGAUGGAGCCUCAUUGUUUUGACGAAAACUUCCAAGUGUUUUGUUUAAUGAUUAUCAUGUGAACUAUACUGAUUCUUCAGUGUCAUAAAUAAAACAGUUCUAAGUAUAAUCGUGAUAACAAUUGGAUAACUGAGUGAUGAGCUGCCACUAUUCCUGUUGCCUAAUCAAUGACUUGAGAAAUCUGUUUUAAAAAAAAUAAAGGUGUGCAAACUG